AUUUCCGACGCAUAUAAAAAAAAAAAUCAUAUUCUGUCUCCUCGACUUUUUUUGGUGAGUCGGAGACAACACGUCGACUGGUUGUCGUCCUCUGUUUCUUCCUUCAACUCCAACCUUCAAUUAAUGGCUUCCUUUCGCGCAAUUUUACCUCAAUCUCUUCCUCCUCUUACCAAACCUGUAAAACCCACAAAAUCCCCCAAACCAUCAACCCUAGUAACCCUCCCCACCACCCUCCGUCGUUCCUCCGCCGUCCCUUCCGCUGUCACCGGGAGAGAGUUCGAUGUUAUCCCAGUGAAGAGCCAGGAUUUCAAUGGCCAACCCGAGGGAGAUUUGAUUAUUGUUCGGGAGAGAGAAAUGAUCGACGGAGGUGCGGUGGUUGGUGGGUUUGAUGGGCAGUUGUCGUUGGAGGGUGUUUCAGGCGGCGGAGGUGGUGGUGGUGAUGGGCAAGGAAAUGGUGGUGAAAACUUGGAAAAGAUGAUGGAUAGAUUUAUUAAUGCUUCUAUUGUUCUUGCUGCUGGUACUUUUGCUUUGACGAAGUUGCUCACUGUUGACCAUGAUUAUUGGCAUGGAUGGACGGUUUAUGAAAUACUGAGAUAUGCUCCGCAACACAACUGGAGUGCUUAUGAAGAAAUUCUUAAAACCAAUCCUGUAAUAGCAAAAAUGGUGAUUAGUGGAGUAGUGUACUCCUUGGGGGAUUGGAUAGCGCAGUGCUAUGAAGGGAAACGACUUUUUGAAUUUGAUCGCACCCGCAUGUUGAGAUCUGGACUUACUGGAUUUGCUUUGCAUGGUUCUCUUUCUCAUUACUAUUACGAAUUGUGUGAGGCAGUAUUUCCAUUCCAAGACUGGUGGGCUGUUCUUAUAAAAGUUGCCUUUGAUCAAACUGUUUGGGCAGCAAUUUGGAAUAGUAUUUAUUUUAUAGUUUUAGGGUUCUUGCGAUUAGAAUCACCAGUUAGUAUUUUCAAAGAACUAAAGGCAACAUUCUUUCCCAUGCUCACUGCAGGAUGGAAGCUUUGGCCUUUCGCACAUCUUGUGACUUAUGGUGUCAUUCCCGUGGAACAAAGGCUGCUUUGGGUUGAUUGUGUGGAGCUUAUAUGGGUGACAAUACUUUCAACGUUAUCAAAUAAGAAAUCAGAAGCAAGACUUACAGAUGGUACUGCUGAAGCCACAAGUUCAAAUCCUUCAGAGGAGUGAGGAAGAUGUGACACCAAUAGUCCAAGAUUUUUCCCACUACCUACUUGUGAACCAAAUGAAAGUUGUAUCUAUUACAGAGUAUGUGGUAUACUAGGUAUGUGGUGAGCUGGUGGAUUUUGGCUUCGGCGAUGCCUGCCAAAUCUAGUUGUAAAGGAUAAUUGUGGUCACAGUCGCGUCUACAUCAUAACAUAUACGACAAUGCAACGUACAGAAGGAGUAUUAGCGACAACAUAGCUUCUUAAUGUAUGUAUGUAUGUAUGU